GCACAACAAACUGGUGCAUACAUGCGUCAAUGUUUGGCAGAUCCCCUGCGCUGCGAAGGCCAUCCAGCUCGGUCGAUGCCCUCGAGCUCAUCGUCUGACAGGUACAUCGCCUCCGAAAGAUCCGCCUGCACACCAAACUCCCGGCGUCGCAGCAUCGCCACCCAGCAGCCACGCAGCUGCCGCAGUUAUCAUCGCAGCGUCGCACCCAUGCGACAUUCUUUCGCCCUCUGCCUCGCUCUCCUGAUGAGUGGUGAGGUGCGGUGUGACAAGCAGGUUAAGGGCGCAGUGGUUGUGCAUCGGCACGGCGGCCGGCUGCCGCUGUACAAGACGGAUGUGGGCGAGGAGGGGCCGUCGGAUCUGACGAUGCUGGGAGAGGUGCAGCUCUACCAGCUCGGCGCUUUCCUGAGAAGGCGAUACGUCGAUGACUUCAAGAUACUCGACACGGUAAGUACGGGGAAUGCGAUGCAUAGAUCAGAUCAGCAGUGUGUGUGUGUGUGUGUGUGGUUCCUUUGUGCAGGAUUACUAUGCUCGUGAGUUGCGUGUCCGUUCGUCAGACUAUGACCGCACUCUUCGCAGCGCCGACGCGCUCCUCAACGGCCUCUACCCGCAGGAGCUCUCGACCAGGAACAUAUCGCUCCUCAACGGCACUCAGCUGCAAUACGUGUACGCCUCAGCAUCAAAGCAAUGGGGGAGCGAGCCAAGCCAAGCCAAGAUGUGUUGGGUGUUGUGUGUUGUGUGUCGUGUGUUGUGUGUGUGCAGGCACACGCACGUACCGAUUCACACGGUCCCCUCAUCGCAGGAUCCCCUUCUGCGCGGCUGGACCCUCUGCCCCACACACGUGGAGGCGCUCAGGAAAUUCUACGGAUCGCAGGAAUUCCAGGACAAAGUAGGUUACGGCGGUUGUCUGCACAUAUGGGUCGACGGGCAGCAGGGCCAUAUGUGGCCGACCUGACCUUGUGCGGUUUGCCUUGGUGUGGUGUGUGAGCAGGAGUUUUUCACGGGCGACCUGCGCAGGCGCGUGACGGAGAGGCAGGGUCUCCCGCAGGAUGUGGCGGACCUCAGCAACUGGUACAACGUGUACGAUGAUGUCGUGUACACACACACAUACGCCGACGACCAUCACCCGGCGCGCGUCGGCAGAUUCGACCGACUCAACGGUGCGUACGCCAACACACAAAUGCUCACAGAGACCACCCGAACGCAUCCCUGUCUGUCUGUCUGUGUGUGUUGUGUGUGUGUGUGUUCAUUCCAGCGACUGAUUUGAAGCAGGUGUGGCGUCUGGCCAAUUGGCUGGAGCUGCACAAGUACGACCGCGACCGUGUGGGGGCGUUCGGCGGGGGGCUGCUGGCCGAGGACCUCACACAGAUCCUCAUCGGCAACACACAAGGUAGGCAGGCCAUGCAAUCAUGCCCCAUCCAUCCAUCUCUCUGUCCAUCUUUCUGUUGCGCCAUUCGCGCGUGCAGGCGACGUUUCGGUGCCUCGUGUCCAGAUCUACUCGGGUACACACGCACACACGUCGCUGCUUCUGACCCAUGUGUGUGUGUGUGUGUGAUUGGUGAUCCAUCGAUCAGCCCACUACGGCACGAUGCUGUCUUUGGCGUCUGCGUUGGGUUUGGAGGUGAGUGAGGUGCCGCCGUACGGCUCGGCCUUCCUAUUCGAGAUCGUCGAGAUUACCAACGAGUGAGUGGGGCGGUCACUGGGGGGUGAGGAAAAUCCUCACACAUCUGUCCAUCCGUUCCCCUGUGUGUGUGUGUUCGUAGCGAUGCGGUCGUGAGUGGGAGACGGUGGGAGGUCAAUACCACCUACGUCAGAAGAAACUACGGUCAGCAAAGCGCGAAACACGAUAACCAUGACACCAUCUAUCUCAUUGUCCCCUCUCUGACCAGACCCAUCGUCAGGUUUCGGCACCCAGGAGGAAGUGCUGCCGCUGCCCUUCACCCCCGGCACCCCCUCCAGCCCACACCCUUGCUACACGGACGAGUCAGGCGCCUCGGUGUCAGCGAGCGUGUGUCCUCUUGCCGACUGGCAGAGGGCCGUGGACCUCUCGGCGCCGGUCAAGACAGAAGACGACUGGUGCAAGGCGUGUCGAUCGCCGGAUGUGGAGGAGGCCGACGUCAGCGCCGUGUGCAUGAUGCGGGCCACCGGGGAGAGCAGUGUAGGUAAGUCAGCAUCAUAUCCUGCCAUGGACAGAGAGAGAGAGAGGGAAGGAGGGGCACACUCGUGUGUGUGUGUGUGUGUCUGUGUGUGUGCAGAGGCGCGAAGUGCUUUGUUGAAUUGGGAUGGUGAUGGCGAGGCGCCUGGCGUCCAACAGUCCGAUGACACCAGCGUCGAUUUUGGCAUGGACGACGGAUGGGUCUUCGUACUUGGACGUAACCACACACACACACAGGGCAAGGCAACCACCCUUCCGUCAUGUCCAUCUGCUGGUGUGUGUGUGUGUGUGUCAUUAUCUUGCAGUGGCGUCAGGGUUGGUAGUGACAGCUUUGGUGUGCGUGUCGAUGUGGCUGCUGUGCUACCGCAAGACGGCCCGGCGGUGGGGCUACUGCAUACUCGGAGGCACCGACGCCCAGGAACUGACAGUCGGACAACCAUGACACGACACGCAGGCAGUGCGCACCCAUCCAGCCAUCGUGGGGUGGGGUGUGGGGAGCGUGAGAGUUUAUAGAUCUGAGUGAGUGAGUGUACGGCAGUGAGCGGUAGUGAGUGUUGUUGGGGAUUGCGGUCGACAUGUGCUGCAAAGCAUUUAGGAGCUGCGCGCGCGUGUGUGUGUGUGGGCAUCUGUGCGUGUCUGUCUGAUUGUGUCACGAAUCGUGUGGCUUCUUACAUGAGGGGGUGCGCGUGAGUGGCUAGCGGCUCUGAUGCGGUGUUUUUUCUCGCUGCAGAGGCCCGUCCGUCAGCCGGCCUGUUCGCAUUUUCUCUCCACGCAUUGUUUUGAUGAUUGUUUCGUCCGAAGUCCGUAAGCCUGUGCUGACUGAGCGCUGGAGGAGACUUUUUUUAACAGGGGGAUUCACACGGAACGCGUCAAGGG